GGCGCCGGGCUCCCUGGGGUCCCGCGGCCCUUAUAGUUCCGGUUGUGGCGCCCGGGCGGAAAGUUGAAGCGGACGGACUGUGGCCGGCGAUGGGCUUGGGCAUUUCACUAUUUGUAGCUUGUUGUCUGCAUUCUGACUGGGCUGGCUCAAAUUCUGUUCACCAUGCCAACAGUGGUGGUGAUGGACGUGUCCCUCUCCAUGACUCGGCCUGUGUCAAUCGAGGGGUCUGAGGAAUACCAGCGGAAGCACCUUGCAGCCCAUGGGUUGACAAUGCUGUUUGAGCACAUGGCCACAAACUACAAGCUUGAAUUCACAGCAUUAGUGGUUUUCUCAUCGCUUUGGGAGCUGAUGGUCUUCUUCACAAGAGAUUAUAACAUCCUGCAGGAAGCACUGAGUAACAUGGACAAUUACGACAAGACAUGCCUAGAGUCCGCACUGGUUCGUGUCUGUAACAUUGUUCAGCAAGACUGGGGAGGUGCGAUCCCUUGCCAGCUUCAGAGCACCGAUUCCCUGGAAUGCCUUGAACGUCUCAUAGACCGCAACAACGGUGAAGGGCAAAUUUUUACUAUUGAUGGCCCCCUGUGCUUGAAAAACGUGCAGUCUAUGUUUGGAAAGCUGAUAGACCUGGCAUAUACGCCUUUCCAUGCUGUGCUCAAGUGUGGCCACCUGACCGCUGAUGUCCAGGUCUUCCCCAGGCCAGAGCCAUUCAUUGUAGAUGAAGAAAUCGAUCCUAUCCCAAAAGUCAUUAACACAGUGUGCCAAUGAGUCAGGCCUGACCCUGAAUGUGCCAUGCAAUGUAUGAAGCCCGGAGGCAGGCCUGCUGGACAUGCUGGUGAUGAACCUGGUCCCUGCCUACCAGAAAGGCGAUCUCUUCUAUGUUGGAAACUUCCUCCACAAUUAUAGACAGUGGGGGAUGAUGGAGCAAGUGCUGGAUAUUGUGUUUAAAAAGUACAGAUUCCCGGGCCGUAACUCCCAGGAAGAUGAACAAGUAAAGAACACCCUUUGUUCCGUCUUCACCAUGUGGAUGGACUGCUAUCCUGCUGAUUUCUGAGAGCCCCAGAACCGACACCCGGUGAAAGAACUUACCCACUAUGCCAUGCUCCACAUGCCCUCCUCGGACCUGCUCCUCCACCUCCACAUUCUUCUGGAUGAGCUGGAGGAGACCGGGAAGAAUGAGACCAAGAAACAGAGGAAGAAGUCCCUGUGUGGUCACCUCAGAGCAUGCUUUGGCCGCCAUAGAGCAGCUUCUCCUGACCUGCCAAGAGAGAAGCCCUCGGUGAUGGUCAGGGAUGGUGAUGGAUGGAGAUCUGGAGCCAUCACUGGACUCCACAAAGCAUGUGCAUGUAGAGGGGUUGCAUGCAUUUGCAGUGAGGCCCCAACGGGUUGUGAGUCCUGUGGAUAUGACACUGGUUCUGAACCCCAUAUGUGACAGAGAUGAAAGAAAGAAGAAGGUAAUAGUGAUUGUCUUCCUCUGACUUUCACAGGCGGCCCAGAUCAACUCAUAAAGGGUCAAAUCAGCACUUCUCCUGGUGUGCUGGAGGGAGUAGCACAUGUGGGGCUGAUGGAAAAUGUCCCCAGUCUGUGUUCAGGGGAACCAAUGAGUGAGGUCCAAACGUUAGAUUCAGCUCCGGAAAGUGAAUCUGUCCUCACA